AUGGUGAUUGCCAAAAUGGCUCACCACUGGGGUGCCACACAACCCGCAAAGCCGGGUGGUUCAAAGCGUUUGCAUUUGUCUGCAGAUACAAGAUCGGUGGUCUCGGAGUUGGAUAUGCGCCCUACCCACGGAUUGGGUAAGCAGAUGGCAGGCCCUUCCGCACACCAUUGGCCGGGUGUGGGGCGCAUGCCGGGGUGCCUUGCGGCUCUGCGUGAUCUCAAAGUCCCAGUGGAACAACCCGAGGACGCUGCAGAGCCAGGUGAUUUGAUCCAACGACUGCUAGAACCAACGACAAAUGCAGCCGAGACCACUGCAGAAACAGAUGCAGGGCGGCUCAAGAUGCUACAUGUGACCUCAGCAGUGUCAGGUGAAUCAAUUACUACUCUGACACUGGAUGACUUGGAGGUUCAAUGCACCCGCGCCCUAAAACAGCGCUUGGCCGAGCUGACUGGGCUUCCUCGGUUUCGGCAACGACUUUUGCGGGCCGAUCACAGCGAGUGCUUGGAUGAGGAGCCCUUGGUGGCUGGUGAAUUGCAGCUGGUCUUCCUGCAGUUCUUAGCCCAGGAUGAUGUGGAAACCAUGAAAUUGCUGGAUGCAUGCCAGCAAAAUGAUGUUUCUACUGUUGAGUUCUUUCUGCUGUGCCCCCGCAAGCCACAGGACGGUGACAACUUCGCUGAAGGUGCCUUGCACCUGGCGGCAAGCUCCGGCAGUGUAGGAUGUGAUGGUGAAACCCCUUUGCGACUGGCUGUUAAGUGCGGCGAUUCCGACAUGGUUCGCUUCUUGAUUGAGUCUGGGGCGGACCAAAAGGCCAUUGGCCCUGACGGUGCAACCCCUUUGCAUCUGGCCGUCAGAUUUGGCUGCACUGAAGUGGUUAGCUUUCUCCUUGAGUCAGUCCCUGGCAACGGGUCCAGGGAUGAGAGCCUGUUGCAGGUUGCAGCUCGUCGGCGCCGUUCCAAAGUGGUGGCUUUUCUGGAGAAAUGUCCCAGCUUGAAGAGAAGGCUCAGAAUAUCAAAGGCUCUCUCCGCUCCCAGAUGUAGCAAGUCUGUCACUGCACAGUUGGGCCUGGGCAUUCGCCAGCCCCAUGCGAAAAAAUGGAACGCGGCUCCAGCAUGGUUUGAAGAUUGGUGUGAGACUCUGUGCGAAGAUGUGGAUGUCAUUGCCGAAGCCAUUGACGAGGCUCCUAAGACAGAUGGAGCGGAAGGCACAGAACCGGCUGGCAAUGAGGCAAAUGAACUUCAAGCUGGUGGUGGCGGAGACGAACCUAUGCAGGAGGAGCCGAAACCAAAAGAUGAAGAGCAGGAUCCUGCGGUGCCCUUCACACAGAUGAGCAUCAAACAGCUCAAGCACUUCCUCCAUCGCCGCGGGGUGCGCAUGCCGCAAAGCAUCGCGGAGAAGGGGGACUUGGUUGCCCUCGUGGAGGAGUCCAAGGAUCUCCCUGUCCGUAGCGAGGAGGAGCUGCAGCGCGCCGCGAAGGCGGCGGCGCAGGCGGCGGAGGCAGCGAAAAAGGCGGAGGAGGAGAAGAGCAAAGCGGAGGAGAAGAAGGAGGACUCGACCACUCAGAUGCCAUGGCAAACUGCUGGAGGUUGUACCCCACAAUGGGGCAUGGGCAAUGGCAUGGGCAAUGGCAUGGGCAAUGGCAUGGGCAAUGGCAUGGGCUGCGGCAUGCCCACCAUGCCCACCAUGCCCACGAUGCCCACGAUGCCCACCAUGCCCACUAUGCCCACUAUGCCCAACAUGGCAUACCCUGCGGCCGGUCCGCUGCCCCGACCGCCGAAGUUUGGGGGUGUGUGGCCCAUGGGUGCCUGGCCCGGCCCGACGGCCCCCCAUGGGGCCCCUCAGCCACCAGCUGCGCCGCAGCCGCCAAAGAGCCGGCCACCCAUUGUUUGGCCACCGAAGACGCGAGAAGAAGCGCUGACCUUCCAAGGCAAUCGGCUCAUGGGAGUCAGGCUCCAGCCGGGUGUGCUCCAGAAUCUCACCCGCUUCUGCAAGUACCAUAAUCUCCUGCCAGAGGCGGAGACAUGCCUCAAAAUGCUGGGCGCUGCGCUUCAGGCCUUCAUGUCGGAUGGGCAUGUUCGUGAGACCUUGGAGAAAGCUUCGGAUCCGCAUCAGACUUUGGUGGAGGAGGUGCAGAAGCGCGACCCAGCUGCAGCCACUUUGAUGAGGCUGAUUCUACCUGCACCAAAGCCUGCAUGUACGACCUCCAAGGCCGCCCCCGAGAAGCCAAAAUCGGUGUCACCCUUGCCCCCAAAGCCACGAGAGCUCCGGCCGGGCUUCUCGUCACCGGUCAAACGGACCUCCCCAUACCGCUCGUCGCUGUCGCUUCGCUCCCGGCCGCGGGAGAGCAGUCGUCGCCACAGGCAUCGGCGCCACUCAGACCGGCGGCGGUCCAGAUCAAGGCGGGCGCGGCACUCCUCGCGGCGCUCGCGGUCGCGGCGACGCUCACGCUCGCGGUCUCGCCAUCGAGAAGCCCCACGCCUUCGAUCGGUGAAACGAAGCCCUGUGGCAAAGAAGGAUGCAAGCUCUUCGCCUUCACCCUCCUCGGACCGCGGGGUCUGGCGUGCUCCAGAUCCAGUGUCUGUACAACCCAAGGCCAUGCCAAAGACUGCCUCGGCCCCACCGAAGCCGGCCCCACCAAAGCCGGCCCCACCGAAGCCGGCCCCACCGAAGCCGGCCCCACCGCCAAAGCCGGCGCCGCCACCGAAGCCGGCGCCGCCAGAGAAGAAGCCACCGGCCCGGCCGGCCUCGGCCGCACCGGCCUCUGCCGCGCCCCGCACGCCGCCCAAGAAGGGCGGAGCGCCGAGCGCGAAACCCAGCGCCGCACCAAGUGUUAAGCCAAAUACCAGCAGGCCGCCCGAACCCGCCGCGCCCCCGGCCGCGGCUCCGGAGCGGCCCAACGUCAUUGACACCGAAGACGAGGUCAAGGCCUGGCUUCGGGGCUUGGACUCGGGCCGCGGAGCGCUGGUGUCCUACGGUCCUGUCAUUCUGGAGCAGUUUGGCAGUUUGGCUCCGCUCUCCGCCUGUGUCCUCGGUAAGGAAGGCUCUGCGAUGAGCCGCAUUGAGCCCUCCUUAUGGGAGGUCCUCAACGUGAAAUCCUUGGGACACAGGUUGCUACUGGCCAAAGGAAUCAUUGCCCUGUGACUGUGACCUCAUUGCUGCGUCAAAA